AUGUCGCGCCCCGAAGACAUCCUACCCCCCGAUCUCUUCUACAAUGACUCGGAAUCGCGAAAAUACACAACCUCUUCGCGUAUCCAGAAGAUUCAAUCCACAAUGACCCAUCGCGCCCUCUCCCUCCUCGCACUUUCCUCGCCCUCCAUGAUUCUCGACAUUGGCUGCGGCUCCGGUCUUAGUGGCGAGAUCCUGUCACAAACCGCAGAACAAGGCACACCCGGCGGCCCACACGUAUGGAUUGGCUUUGACAUUAGCGCAUCCAUGCUGGGCGUUGCGUUGGAGAAAGAGGUAGAAGGAGAUUUGCUGCUAGCCGACGCAGGCCAAGGUGUACCGUUCAGACCAGGAACCUUCGACGCUGCCAUCAGUAUCAGUGCAGUCCAAUGGCUGUGUAACGCUGAAAGUAGCGAGGAGAGUCCUGCGGGCAGAUUAUCGAGGUUCUUCAACCAGCUCUAUGCGAGUCUGAAGAGAGGAGGGAGGGCUGUCUGUCAGUUCUACCCAAAGAACGAUGCACAGAAGAAGAUGGUGGCGCAGGCAGCUAUCAAGGCCGGUUUCGGUGCGGGUCUUCUUGAGGAUGACAUGGGAACCAAGAGUGCAAAGACAUAUCUUGUCCUAACUGUGGGCGGAGGAGCGCUCGAUGGCGACAUCACAGGUGUUGUGAGGGGCAUGGAAGGCGUUGACGUUGAGGAUGCACGAAGAAAGGCAAAGGGCAUGAAGAGAGGUGAAGAACGAAAGGGCAGCAAAGCAUACAUCAUGAAGAAGAAGGAGCAGAUGGAGAGGCAAGGCAAGGUUGUCAAGGCGUCGUCCAAGUACACUGGCAGAAAGAGGAGGAUCCAAUUCUAG